AUGGGGCAGCAGACAUCGAGAAAAAGUGGUGAAUGCACGUGUGGCUGUGGCGCCUGGGAGAGGCGACGUUAUGUAGAAUCACCCAGCAGCGUACAUAGAUAUGUCAGUGCUGUUACAGACAGAUGGAAUGGUCGCCAAUGCGCUUGCCGCCGCCGGCGUUGGCGUCGCGCCGCGUGUGUUUGCACGGCCUAUCGCAGAGUCAGCGACGCUUGUAACGACGACAGACUAGCAGCAGUCCUGACUCUUGGCGCAAGAGACCUUCGCAGGGAGUUAGACGCCAUUGUCAUUAACACAGAGAGUGAGACAAAUAAUGAAAACGGGGAACCAACUGCUGAAGUUUACGUGUUGUCUGUCGCGCCGCGCGGAGAGGGCGAAGUGCCACAAGAGGGUAGGCCUAACGAGUUGGCUCAAAACAGCGACGGCUCGAUCAGACGGUUUCAAGUGGUAUGUGGGGGGGAGUUGAGGGCGUUGCUGCUCCGAGCUCCGUCUCUUCAACACACCUUGCCGCUGCCGCUGCCCCUGCCGCUACCUUCGACACACACCAAAGUGCACACACAGGUUGACUACAAGCAUUGCCUAGUUCCUGACCUCCAGGAGAUCACGGCCUGUUCCUUCUAUUGGGGGAAGAUGGAUCGGUACGAAGCGGAACGGUUGCUGGAUAAUAAACCUGAAGGUACCUUCCUCCUCCGCGACUCUGCGCAAGAGGAGCACCUGUUCUCCGUCUCUUUCCGCAAGUACGGCCGAUCUCUUCACGCGCGCAUCGAACACUACAAGCACCGAUUCAGUUUUGAUUGCCACGACCCGGCGGUCUUCGCAGCGCCUACUGUCACCGGCCUUAUAGAACACUACAAGGACCCCGCGUGCGUGAUGUUCUUCGAACCAAUGCUGACAGCGCCUCUGCCUCGCACGAACCCCUUCUCGCUGCAGCAGCUGGCGCGCGCCGUCAUCGUCUCACAUACAAAUUAUGAUGGCGUGGAACAGCUGCCUCUACCCGGCCGCCUGCGUGCGUACCUCAAGGAGUACCACUACCGUCAGCGGGUGUGCGUGCGCAGGCUAGAGAGAGACCUCUACCACUGA